CUAAAGUGCUCGUUACUGGGCUGGCGAGUCUUCAAUGACACCCCUCCUUUGGCACGCAGAGAAUGGGGUGGGGCGCUAUGGAGCGCUAACAAGGCUAAGUUGGCCCGGGGCGACAUACCACACCCCUUUGGCUUAUAAAAACGUGAAACUACCUGGGACCUGGCAGUCAGUUUUAGCAGAAGAGCCGGCCAAUUGUUGGUACAACCAAAAAAAGCAGUUCCAAAUAAUUAUGGCAGAUGAUCCAACUUCCAGCAACCACUUACCACCGGAGCUCAUAAUCGACAUAUUCUUACGCCUACCGGUCAAAACCCUAAUCCGAUGCACCUCCGUUUGCAAACAAUGGUACGUUCUCAUCAGAAACCCUAAUUUCUCCACUUCACAUUUCAAUUCAUACAAUAAUAAUCAUAAUAAUCAAUACAUUCUCAUUGGCAACACCAAUAUCUGUCACGUAGUUUGUGAUAAAACGUUUCAAUUGAUACACACUGUUCAAGCCCCCUUUCAUCUUAGCCCUAAUCGUAAAUACUCGUUGAAUUUCAUCGGUUCCUCUAACGGAUUGUUGUGUUUAGCUCCUGGUUUGGAGUAUACCUUAGGGAAUGAUGUGUAUAUUUGGAAUCCAUCAGUUAGGGCUUGUAAAAAGCUUCCUGUUUCCCGGUUCUCUGACCAUGAGUUUAGGGGGGUCGUUUCUCGGUUAGGGUUUGCGUUUCAUGAGUCUAGUAAUGAUUAUAAGGUUGUUAGAUUGGUUUAUUUUUCGGGAAGUUGUAGCUUUCCGUUUGUGGAUGUCGUGCCAUUGGUUGAGAUUUAUAGCUUGAGAACGGAUUCGUGGAAGGUUGUUAGUGCGGAAGUUCCUCCUGUUAUGAUUCAGAGUGUGGCGACGUUUAACGAUGGAGUGUUUUAUUGGAUGGGUUUCAAGAGUGUUACGGAUGAUCCGAUGGAGAAUUAUAUCUUGUCGUAUGAUCUUGAUGAUGGGAGGUUUAGGGAGAUUGAACAGCCGUCGGUUGAUUUUCCGUUUUCGCUUUUGGCGGUGAAGGGAUCGUCGUCGGGUUCGUUAUAUUCGGUUUACUCCAAGUUUUUUGGUGGUCAGAAUGAUAUCUUGGUGUUGUGGAAGAUGGAUGAGUUUAACGGAGGUUGGAUGAAAGCGUACACGAUUCAGUGUAACAGAGGUGUGUGGGCGACAUUAGGGUUUACGACAAGUGGGAAGUUUUUAUUUGCUAAUUUGGAGAAGAAGCUUGUGUCGUUUGAUCUUGAAACCCUCGAAACUGAAGUUCAUGAUCUUGGAAUCGCUUUAAACCGGUCUGCAGUCGAUGUUAAUUACAUGGAAAGCCUCCUAUUUUUCGAUCUUUGAUGUGAAUAUGUAUGUGAUGCUGCUUGAGGGCAGAUAAGUAGCCAAUUCCUGUUACUGAUUUACUUGAGAUGAUGUUAGUUAUUGUAGUUGUUAGUCAUACAUACACAUGUUUUUCCCCAUUUGUGUUGUACAUGUUGUGUAUAAUGUUGUACGUUUGAAGAUGACUAUUAUACCCUUGCUUGUACU